CCGUGGCAAUGCAGGAUGAGUGACUUUGAGGAGUGGAUUUCCAGGGCCCACAGGAGGGGGGACAAAGGCCCCCUCCCCCUGAUGACCUUUGCCACUGCCCCCUACCACGACCAGCAGCUGGGAGCCAGUGGGCUGCGCAAGAAAACCUGUCACUUCGAGGCAAAGCCGUGCUACCUGGAGAACUUCGUCCAGAGCAUAUUCUUCUCCGUAGACCUGAAGGAUCGGCAGGGCGCGUCCCUGGUGGUCGGCGGUGAUGGGCGCUAUUUUAACAAAUCCGCCAUAGAAACCAUAGUGCAGAUGGCGGCCGCCAACGGGAUCGGGCGCCUGGUAAUCGGGCAGAAUGGGAUCCUCUCCACCCCGGCCGUGUCCUGCAUCAUCAGAAAAAUCAGUGCCAUCGGUGGGAUCAUCCUGACGGCCAGCCACAACCCAGGCGGGCCCAAUGGUGACUUUGGGAUCAAGUUCAACACCGCGAAUGGAGGUCCUGCUCCCGAGGCGAUCACGGACAAGAUCUUCCAGAUCAGCAAGACCAUCGAAGAGUACGUGAUCUGCCCCGACCUGAGCGUGGACCUGAGUGUGCUGGGGAGGCAGCAGUUCGACCUGGAGAACAAGUUCAAGCCCUUCACAGUGGAAAUCGUGGACUCGGUGGAAGACUAUGCCACCAUGCUGAGGGGCAUCUUUGACUUCAGUGCCCUGAAGGAGCUGCUCUCUGGCCCGAACCACCUGAAGAUCCGCAUAGAUGCCAUGCACGGAGUUGUGGGGCCCUAUGUGAAGAAGAUCCUCUGUGAGGAGCUAGGCGCCCCGGCCAACUCGGCGGUGAACUGCGUCCCCCUGGAGGACUUCGGCGGCCACCACCCCGACCCCAACCUCACUUACGCAGCCGACCUGGUGGAGACCAUGAAGUCAGGGGAGCAUGAUUUCGGGGCUGCCUUUGAUGGAGACGGGGACCGCAACAUGAUCCUGGGCAAGCAUGGCUUCUUCGUGAACCCCUCGGACUCCGUGGCCGUCAUCGCCGCCAACAUCCUCAGCAUUCCCUACUUCCAGCAGACCGGCGUCCGUGGCUUUGCGCGCAGCAUGCCGACGAGUGGCGCCCUGGACAGGGUGGCGAACGCUACAAAGACUGCUUUGUAUGAGACCCCGACAGGCUGGAAGUUUUUCGGGAACUUGAUGGAUGCCGGCAAACUGUCCCUGUGUGGGGAGGAGAGCUUCGGGACGGGUUCCGACCACAUCCGGGAGAAAGAUGGGCUGUGGGCCGUCCUAGCCUGGCUCUCCAUCCUGGCCACCCGCAAGCAGAGUGUGGAGGACAUUCUCAAGGAUCACUGGCAGAAGCACGGCCGCAACUUCUUCACCAGGUAUGACUACGAGGAGGUGGACGCAGAGGCUGCGAACAAGAUGAUGAAGGACCUGGAGGCCCUGAUGCUGGAUCGCUCCUUUGUGGGGAAGCAGUUCUCAGCCAACGACAAAAUGUACACGGUGGAGAAAGCGGACAACUUUGAGUACAGUGACCCGGUGGACGGAAGUGUUUCCAAGAAUCAGGGCUUGCGGCUCCUCUUUGCAGACGGCUCCCGCAUCAUCUUCCGGCUGAGCGGCACUGGGAGCUCUGGGGCCACCAUCCGCCUAUACAUUGACAGCUAUGAGAAGGACGUCGCCAAGAUCUACCAGGACCCCCAGGUCAUGCUGGCCCCGCUGGUCACCAUCGCGCUCAAGGUGUCCCAGCUGCAGGAGAGGACCGGCCGCACGGCGCCCACCGUCAUCACCUAGGCGACAGGCCCCAGCCGGCCCCCUGAGAGCCCGGACUGCAGCCAGCGACCUUCGGCUCCUCAGGGUCUGACUUCUCUCGCGUCGCAGGCCCUGCGCUCCGAGCGGUGCAGGGGACGUGGCCCAAGCUCGUGUCCACGGCUGCCCGGGGACCCGCUGCCCUGCCCUGCCCACGGUUCACACGCGACCCAGAGUUCAGUGGUUCUGGUGCGUUCUCCCCUGCUUUCCUCGGAUUGAGACACUCGCUUCGGAUUUCCGCCGUUUUCCACCCGGCCCCACUUGCACAGAUGUCCUGCGGUAAUAAAGCAGGGGAAGCUGCGAC